UUGGUCGAUCAGUUGGUCGAUCAGUUGGACGAUCAGUUGGACGAUCAGUUGGUCGAUCAGUUGGACGAUCAGUUGGACGAUCAGUUGGUCGAUCAGUUGGACGAUCAGUUGGACGAUCAGUUGGACGAUCAGUUGGUCGAUCAGUUGGACGAUCAGUUGGACGAUCAGUUGGACGAUCAGUUGGUCGACCAGUUGGACGAUCUGUUAGUCGAUCAGUUGGUCGAUCAGUUGGACGAUCAGUUGGUCGACCAGUUGGACGAUCUGUUAGUCGAUCAGUUGGUCGAUCAGUUGGACGAUCAGUUGGUCGACCAGUUGGACGAUCAGUUGGUCAAUCAGUUGGUCGACCAGUUGGACGAUCAGUUGGACGAUCAGUUGGUCGACCAGUUGGACGAUCAGUUGGACGAUCAGUUGGACGAUCAGUUGGACGAUCAGUUGGUCGACCAGUUGGACGAUCAGUUGGUCGAUCAGUUGGACGAUCAGUUGGACGAUCAGUUGGUCGAUCAGUUGGUCGAUCAGUUGGACGAUCAGUUGGACGAUCAGUUGGACGAUCAGUUGGUCGACCAGUUGGACGAUCAGUUGGACGACCAGUUGGUCGAUCAGUUGGACGACCAGUUGGUCGAUCAGUUGGACGAUCAGUUGGUCGAUCAGUUGGACGAUCAGUUGGACGAUCAGUUGGACGAUCAGGUGGUCGACCAGUUGGACGACGAAAGAAUCAGAUGGGCAACGGAAAAACUCAAAGACGGCGAGAUUAACACCAAAUACAAGCAAGAGAUAGCAAAACAGCUUGAACUACGACUGCCGCAAUCCGACAUUGAGCUGGAAUGGAAGAGCAUAAAAGAUGGUAUAUUGGAAGCGGCAAAGGAAACGAUAGGAGAAAAACAGAGAGUCCGACCUGAAGAGUGGUAUGACGAAGAAUGUCGAGAAGCCUUAGAGCGGAAGAAUGCGGCUCGAUUAAUUUACCUGCAGUCAAAGUCUUCGACGCACAAGGAAAAAUUCAAGGAAGAGAGGGAUAAAGCGCGUAGGCUUCUGAAGCGCAAGAAAAAGGCGAGUGAGGUAAGGCAGAUGCAAGCACUCGAUGAUGCGAGAACUAGGGGUUCGGUAAGAACCUUCUUCAAAAAAGUCAAUCCUUUGCGUAAAGGAUUCCAACCCAGAAUUAAUAUCUGUCGUGACGGGGAAGGCAAUGCAUUAACCGACAAAACCGAGAUCUUAAAGCGUUGGCGGGAGUAUUUCGACAAUCUGCUUAAUGUGGGCAGUGAAGCUGCAGACCGCAUCACAUUUUAUGACGUGGAGCAGGAAAUUAACCCACCAACCGUUACGGACGUCGAGAAAUGCAUUAAAUACCUUAAAAACAACAAAGCAUCGGAUUUCAAGCAGGCCUUCGAUAGCGUGAACAGACAUAAGAUCUUUGAUGCAAUGAGGUUACUGGGAAUCCCAAGUAAACUAGUGCGCCUGGUUGAGGCUACUAUGUGUAACUCGAAAUCGGUAGUAGCUAUACAGAAUGACAUAUCGGACCCUUUCGAAAUACGCUCAGGAGUAAGGCAAGGAGAUGCCCUAUCUACUGUUGUCUAUCUUCAACCUUACGCUGGAGGCAGCCAUCCGAAACGUAGGAGUAAAAGGGCUUUUAGACUAUAA